GGAGGAUCAACAAUUAACAAUUGUAAAGUAACGAUUAACCGAUGACCCGACGAUCGUAGUGGAAUCGGAUCUCUCGAAGAGUUACACGCGUGUGCGCCGGGACACCGUGUAUAUUAGCACAUACACACGCGCGCACGAUCAUCAUAGGUACGAUGUCGGUGACCACAUGAUAUUCGUGGUCGGGAUGCGGCAGUGAACGGCGGCGACUCUUCGGCUCGCCUUCGCUCGGAAGCGACAUCGCCGUUUCGCUCGCAAUUCGUCGCGAUCUGUGACGCGAUUAGCACGAGCGCGCGUACGAGCGAAAACAUGUGGUCGUGCUAAAUUUACAUCCUCGUUGCGGAGCCGGCGCGCGAUACCGCUGCUUUUCGUCGCGGCGUAUCGUCGUGCGCUACGUGUCGUUAUAUUACCGUCUCCGAUUCCCGUUGGUCGAUUUAUAAUUUAAUUCAUUGUACGGAGGAGAAGAGCGAGCGCAUAUAUUUUAUUGGUGAACGCGCCUCAUUUACCGUUGCCGUACUGGUAGCAACGCGUGACGCUCUACGUGGUCCACGUGGUCCUUUAUCUUGUCCCUCCGUGAUUUUCCCACGUCACAAACCGAUUGUUGAUAAAUAAACGAAAGCAAGGUAUUCUCACGACUAACAUUUUUCUGCUCGCACAAGACUCGCUUAUCGACAUUGGGAACUGUUAGCGUCUAUUUAAUCAUCGUAUGUCGCGUGACGAUGUGCCGCCGGUGUUUUUUGCGCUGUAAUUAGCUAAUUCGCUAGUACUUAUCCCGAGAUGUACUUUUCACCGCGAAAGGUCGUCGCGCACGUCUAUCAGCGCGCGUUUUUUUCCGCUAACACCGUCUCGCUUCGCAAGUGGUUCCUUUUAAUCGCGUUAAUUUCGGGCCUCAUUUUCACGGUGACGCUCGUCAGGGUCUCGAUCGUCCGUGAAACGAAACGCGACACGUACUUAGACAACAUAUCCGAAGAUUUUUACCAAGAAGUAUGGCGCAAGUGGUACAACUUCUCCGACGGUGAAAGAUGGUAUAACGGGAGAAGCGUGUCCGCACUGAGCCCGGAACUCUUUCAACAGCUAUUGACGGAUAUUCGGCUGAAUUGGUUAACAUGGAGCCACGAUCCGAGCAAGUAUUACAACCUUCAAGAACCGGAUGUCGAGGACCCGUCGAUGGGACAAUCGGCCGUGAUCCGCGAUAUCUUCCAGGAUAAGCGUUUUGGUUGGUCUCUACAGAAAAAUGGGUUUUUCAUAGAAUGCGGUGCGUACGACGGGGAGACGCGCAGCAACACGCUGUAUCUGGAGCGAUUUAAGGGAUGGUCCGGUCUUCUGAUAGAAGCGGAUCCUAUCAAUUUCGCGAAAAUGCUGCGGAAGAACAGACGGGCUUACCUCACACCGACCUGCCUCAGCGUCACCAAGGAGCCCGUGCUGGCGUCUUUUCUCAUGGCGAGAAACUUGGGGCGUCUGCACUCGCCCGAGAACACGACGGGGGUCGUGCCGACGAAUACGGCCGACGUCGCUUACACAGGCGAGCACAUUCAUGUGCAGUGCUUCCCGUUGACGCUUUACAUCGCCGCCUUGGGAAUCAAGACGGUCGAUUACUUCAGCCUCGACGUCGAAGGCAACGAGAUCGAGAUACUGGAGACAAUUCCGUUUAACGAGGUGGAUAUAAAGGCUCUCUCUGUCGAGUACAUACACAAUGCGAAGGGACCAAAGUACAUGAUCGAUCUGAUGGACAGGCAGGGGUAUUACGUUUACAGCUUUGUAAGACGAGAACAUAACUUGGCGAACGAUAUUAUUUUUGUCAAGCGCGCGACGCGCGACGAACGGACGCGAUAGGUGUGAACGUUCAUCGAGGACUCCCUUUUUUUUUUAUUUGACGAAGCACACUGAGUUUAGCCGUGAAUCCCCGCACGAGCGUAUAGAACGUACGUUUGAAAUUUGACGCGGGAAGAAAAACGGCAAAACGUUGAUAAAUUUCCGCUCUUUCAUUUGUAAGAGGAAAUUUUAUCACAGUUAAAUGCGAUUAAUAAUAUUUAAUGUUUCUCAAAGAUAACAUUAUUUAUUUCGAAACUUUUCAUGGAUUUUUCUUCGUUAAAAAUUUGUCGCACCAUAAGUUUUAAGAUCAAUUUCCUUUCGUCGGGGAAGAAGAGGCUUGAAGUAUCUUAAUUUGUCUCUGGAGGAUGAAUCAUCCAAUUUUUAAAAUGCUAGUCAUAGUUGUAGUUACAAUUGCAAACAACGUUCGUUACAUCACAAGCGAGCGCAGGGGAAUACUUCGAAUUGUUAAUAUGAAAACAUUUUAUUAUCAGACAGUAUUUACAAAACCAUAUGCACUCUUUUUAAUAAAAUAAAGCACCUCUCGCGAUCUAUUCGCUAUUUCUAUAGAAAACGUAACGACAAAUCGCAACAAUAUUUUAAUAAUCGUAAAUUAUAAACAAGCGCAUUAACGGUGUUUGCACGAUCAGGAACUUAUGGCGCUAUUAUGGCACAUUGUACGAUUUUAUUAACACGAUAAAAUACGAAGCUCCUACGUAAGAACAAUUUCGGCUAAUAUAUUUUAAUAAAUACGUUCGAAUCAUUUGUACGUUUCAA